AUGAAUGGAAGAGGAGGGUGCUGUAUAGCGAGGUACGCAGGCAGCGGCGCGUACGAUACAUCUAAAGUUGGCCGCGGGUACGAUACGUCUAAAGUUGGCCGGAUAAUGAUGCGGUACCGGCCGAUAGCUCCGAAGCCAGCUUCCACUAAUGGGUCAGUUUUCGGCGGCGGCAACAGUUCCACGACCGAAAAUACCGACCCAUCUGUUAAAAAUGGCCGUGGGAAAAGGAAACAUGCUAAAGACACCGCCAGUGCCAAUAAUACGAACAGAAGGGUCUGUAACCGGAAAAGAAAGGAUUCACCGGAAAACACCACCUCCGCUGGGUCAGUUUCAGGUGUAGAAACGGUGGUGACACUGCCGUUGUUUCCACAAACAUCCGACGUGAAGGAGAAUAAGAAAAGAGGUGCACCCAGUGUUCCUUUAUGGUUGAGCUUUGGGAGUGAAGAGAGAGAGGAUCAGGCGGUGUUGGUUCCGCCGCCGCCGCCACGACCGAUGGUAGGCUCAUGGGUGAAAGUGGAAUGCGUAACCAACUCUUUGGUAGACUGUUAUCGGUUCGGCCGAACAGACGAGGAGAGGGUGAUGAGCCUACAGCGUGACGCGUGUCCAGGUUUCAUAUCGGAUGGUCUGAACCGGGUUUUGUGGACCAAUGGGGCAUACAGGAAGAUGGUCGGUGGCGCGGCGGAGGAGGUGGUCACAUGGCUUGUGAUGAAGGCGGAGGUGAUGGUUCCAGCCGGGAUCCCGUCGUUCACGUGCCGGGUCAGGGUGGUAACCUUCGGUAGAGACAAGAUUUCUCUUACACUGCCGUGUGAUGUUUGGAGAAUGGACUGUGGAGGAUUUGCAUGGCGGCUCGACACCACGGCUGCGCUAUCUUUGGGCCGAUAG